UCAGUCAUGCCGAAGAACGUCGCUUUGACCUGAUCAUCCUCCAACACACGCGAACUGAUCUCUGGUUAUCCUAAAGUCAAUCAAACAUAGAAAUACUUGGAAAUAUGACUGCUACACAAGUUGGAAUAACUUUGUUAUUUUUCACAGUUUCUGCGGGUUGCAUGGCCCGGAUUCUGGCCAGCGGGGUCAACGGCUCCUGUCUUUUCGAGAACCUGCUCUCCGGGAAGGGGCUGUCUAGAGGCUCGAACGGUUCGGACGAUUCUAACGGAUCCGCGGGGUUUUACCUCCUGGACUUUGACGAAGGGACGCUCGCCGACUGGCGCUCUUUGGCCGACAAGAAGCGCUACGGGGGAGAGUCUCAGAACCGCAGCACCAAAGCGCUGCUGGUUUCCGCCUACUCGCUGAUCAUCGUGAUCUCCCUGUUCGGGAACACCAUGGUGUGCCACGUGGUCAUCAAGACCAAGAGGAUGCACUCCGCGACGAGCAUGUUCAUCGUGAAUCUCGCGGUGGCGGACAUCCUCAUCACGGUCCUCAACACGCCGUUCACUCUGGUGCGCUUCGUCAACAGUAACUGGAUGUUCGGCAGGGUGAUGUGCCACAUCAGUCGCUUCGUCCAGUACUGCUCGCUGCACGUGUCCACGCUCACACUCACCGCAAUUGCUCUGGACCGACGCCAGGUGAUAAUUCAUCCUCUGCGUACGCGCAUGUCGUCGCUGAGGGGAGGCGUGUGGGUAGCAGUCAUCUGGAUGAUGGCCAGCUGCUUCUCCCUGCCGCACGCCAUCUACCAGAAACUACUGAGCUUUGCUUACAGGGGGCAGGAGCGCAGCCUGUGCGUCCCCGACUUCCCGGAGCCCUCGGACGUCUACUGGCAGUACAUCGACCUGCUCACCUUCAUCCUUCUGUACCUGUUGCCGCUCCUCAUCAUCACGGCCGCCUACACCACGGUGGGCCGCCACCUGUGGCGGCGCAACGCCAUUGGCGACACCACCAUCACGCAGAACGCUAACCGGCGGCGCAAGCGGCGGCGGACGUUGGCCAUGCUGCUGCUAGUGGUGGGGGUGUUCGCCGUCUGCUGGUUCCCCCUCAACUGCUACGUGGUGCUGCUCUCCAGCCAGGCCAUCCACUCUUCCAACGCCCUGUACUUCUGCUUCCACUGGCUGGCUAUGAGCUCCACCUGCUACAACCCAUUCAUCUACUGCUGCCUCAACCCCACCUUCCGGCAGGAGCUGCGGCUGCUGGCCUCCGUCUUCCGGCGGCUGUGGCAGGCGCAGCGGGUGGGGGUGCCACCGGCGGACCGCUCGGCCGGCGUGUGCGUGCCCUGCCAGAGGGCGGCGUGGCCCGACGGCAACGACGCCUCCUCCAGGCCCAGCCUGGGCUCCUCGCGGCCAAGCCACGCCUCCUCCCAGCCGAGCCACGCCUCCUCCUCCGUGUGCCCCUGCCACAACCCAAAGGACUCGCGAGUGCUUUUCCGGAAGGGGAUUUCUGGGAAAACCGACAUCUUGUCGGUGGAGCCCAUUGUGGCUCUGAGCUGAAGGAAGGGGUCGCGGAGUGUGGCUGAGACCGUAGAAACCCCCACGACUGCGACCUCUGUGGGGGGGGACGCUCCGGCUCGCUGGACGUGUGAGAGCGUUUGGACGCCCGUUCUGAAGGGAAUGUGUCAGGGGUUUGAUUCCCUGGCUGAGCGAGACACAUGUCAGCUCGUGGAUGUGGUAUGCGUGUGGUUGUGGUUGUACAGAAUGGGAGAAAGGACAAAGUCCUUGAUAUGGUGGUUGUACUGAACGUAAUGGUUUUUGGAAUGUCCUCAUUCAACCCAGAGAAGGCACUUAUGGCGCGUUUCCACCCGUGGGUGUGGUUCGGUUCGGUAUGAAUAGGUGCGGAACGGUUAGCAUUUCCAUCGCCAAAAGUGGGCGGGGUCCGGACUUAGCCGUACUUAUCUCUCAGUGCUCCUCUGUUUGGUUAGCAAGGCAUCUGAAAGGGUGCCAACAAGUUUGAAAUACACGCCGUCCGUUGAUGGGUCGACAGAAUCGUCACUUCCGGGCGACAUGGGAAUAAAAACAAACAAACACAGUACCCGCGAGGUGCUUAGUUUACGAAGAAAAUGACCCGCAAAGGUUUGCCGUCCUUCUUGGACAUCCUACAUUGUUUAUAUUGUCACGUUCUUCAUUUUUUAAUUGGAUCAAUUAGCAGGCUGCACUGUGUCGGGCUGCUAUGAGUUCACGAUGCUUACUUAGCUGCCGCGGCUAUCGCCAUCCGGCUUAAACUCUGCCCUACCAUAAGGGUACUGUCUGCGAUGGAAAAGCAAGCCAUGACUGAGCUGCGCCUAACCGCACCUACACUACCAGACCUUAUCGUACUGGGCCUAACCGCACCUACACUACCAGACCUUAUCGUACUGGGCCUA